GUCACAUCACUUACCUCAGACAGUUACUAGUAACCAGGUUGUGUAUGGCGUCUUUGCUAUUUAAUAUUAGCUGUUGAAUAACAUGAUGCUCUACUGGCUUUCUUUACCUGUUUGUCAUGACUAAGCAUUAUAUUGUCCUGUAGUAGCUAGUUGGAGAAGCCUGCCUACAUUUAACCCAAAGCGACGACUUCUUUCAUUUACCCACCUUGGACUACAGCAGCACAGAGCGAAGCAGAGGAUCUAGCAGUGUCCCGCUUCCUAGUCCAGAUAGUAUAGGCUCAUACGCGGAGCACGUUGAAAGUAUAGUCUUCCUCCGGAUGAUGAUAUCGUACCCUGCUGAUGUUCGGGCACAGAUAGCGAGGUAGAUACGUUGUCCCAUCCGAUCGCCCCCGUACCGCAGACUCAAAACCAUGUAAUCCCAAUUAGCUCGACACAGCCGCCACCGAACUUACGGCGAAUCGAAAUCUGAGAGACACCCCAGGAUCUGCAAAAUCAUACGCAGUAAGAAUAGAAAUAUAAAAUAGGAGGGGAAAAGAAGUAAGAAAAAAGAAAAAGAGAAGAGGAGAUAAAUUUUCCUUGCACUUUUUCAGGAUGUCACCAUCGCCAUAUCAAGUCCAUCUGGGUGCAGAUCAAAUGGAUGACAUGGAAGCCAGUAUUUCAUCCCAGCCGCCCGACCUGGAAACUCUAGUCUCGCAUCUAGUGGCAGCAAAGCGCUCUCUAUCGUCUAUUCAUCAUGUGUGGCGAGCCAAUGAAAUCGUUACUACUGCCCGGGCUGCUCUGGAAGAGAGUGUCAUCAUAUCGUCACGCACCAGCUUUCUUAGGCGGGGCCUAGAUGAGCAGCUCAAGCUGUUAUAUGAUGUGAGAACUGAAGUUGAGCGAGUGGCCCAUCAGGGCCGAUCGGAAUUUGCGGCUGCGCUCAAGGAAAUGGAUACCGUCGGCGAGCGGCUGAAUGAAACCCUAGACAUGCUGCGCGAUACGACAGUCGAAGCUGCGUUUAGACCCGCAGGGGAGGAGCCAAAAACCCUAUAUGAUUUCGUCGAUGAUCGCGGCGUGGAAGAUCUUCAGUCGUUGCUAAAGACCUCGAUUGAUAAUACUAACGCUGCACAAGCUGAACUAGAUCAGUCUAACCGUGCAUUCGACAACGAUAUCCAUUCAAUCCACCAAGCUUUGAGCAAAUAUCGCGAUGUAGUUAAAAGGCGCUUGGGCUCGUCAUCAUCCUUGUCUUCUUCAUCACCCUCCGCGUCACGAGUCAGCAUUCCAUCCCCAUCUUAUAUCCCGGAGCUUUUGCGUUCCCUGGAGGCCCAUGCCCGCGGUAUGGCUGACCUCCUGGAAUCCUUGGUUAGGCAUUUUGACCUCUGUGUAACAGCCGUAAAGCAUACUGAAGGUGGCGGUGCUGCUGCUCGCUCUAUCACCGGCGAUCUCCCAACAGGUGUUGGGGUAGGAGUCAGUGUUGGGAAUGAAAUCCAAGAUGACAGUGGCAGUGGCAACCUUCACGCACCGCUCGAACCGAUGACAAAAACAGAAUAUCAAGAAAUGAUAAACGUGUUAACAAAAGACGCGUCCGAAGCCGAAGAUGUCGUUUUAGAAAUCCAGGACCGCAUCGCUGAGAUGGAAGCAACUCUUGAACGGGUGCUGGAGCACCGCAAUGCGCUUCACUCCAUCUACACAUCGACCACAGAUAUUUUCCACCGCUUGUCAACAUUAGCCUCGUCACAGUUGGCCGAUUACAUCGCUCAAGCGCACGCUUUUACUCGGGUCUGGAACGAGGAGCAGGAGCAUAUCCAGGCUGGCAUGGCCGAGCUUGUCGAUCUUCGUAGCCUCUACGCUGGCUUCCUAGACGCUUACGACAGGUUAAUCAUGGAAGUUACACGUCGUAAAGCUGUCCGCUUCGCUGUUGACAAGGUCCUCAAAAAAACGAGACUAGAGCUCAACAGGUUAUUUGAGGACGACGCGCGUGCCCGUGAGGUGUUUAGGACGGAGUAUGGAGAUUACUUGCCAUCGGAUAUCUGGCCGGGUCUUGGUCGAUGUCCUGCACGGGUAGAGUUUAAAAGAGUUUCUGGCGGGAAGCUGGAUGAUGGAGGGGAAGUUGUUGACAUGUCUGCGGAGAAACAGGCAGUGGAACGAGAUGAGCAAUCGAAUGGGGCCGGGGAUGAUGGUGGGGAUGUGGGUGAGGGCGUUGCUGUUGAUAUGCCUGCAAGUUCCAGACACGGUGAUGCCACCGCCGUUGUUGCUGUUGAGAACGAUGAUGAUGUUGGUGGAAGCGAUGAUAGCAUACCACAAUUGCCCAAACAUGUUGUCCAACAAGCGCUGGCGCGAUUAAAGCUACGAGCGAAAGGGCCAAGGCUUUCUCCACCAUGACCUCAUGGUAUCCAGGAAAUAUGAAGAUAAUAAUUCAAAUUUCACUUGCUCUCUGAGCUUGGGUAUUAUAGAUAUCGCAUUGGAGUAUUACGGCAUCCAACUCGAUGGAUGCUUCCAGCUUUUUACAACCCCUAGAAAGAGUCAGUACCGGUCCUCCAAGUUUUCCUACGUCCUUUCAGAGAUGUUUCUCCAGCAAUUCAUAAUUUAACAGCCGACAGCAUCACCCGACCAGCAUAAUCUUUAUACUGUUAAAUUUCAGCCGCCCAGUAGGUAACGGCGGUGAGAAAAUGAGACAAGACUUCAGAAACCGAUGAUGCUGUUACAUUUUCUCCUUUGACACACAUUCUUGUUCUCACCACAAAAUGCCCAUCCAUAUGCAGUUCCUCUACUUUACUUAAAGAACCACACUCCCUUUAAUACCGAAAUCCCAGCAAGACGUGCAACGUCCAAUUAUGAAAAACCCAAAUGAUGAAAUCAAAAAAGAUGGCCACUGUUUUGCCCUUCAAAACGUUUGGCUCCAACCUUUCUCCCGAAAAGAAAUCACCCAAUCUUUCAGCAUUGACAUCUUAUCUAUCCGCUCUCUCCGCCCGCUUCCUCGCUAUUUCUUUUCAAUAUGCCUGGCUUACUUACAUACCUGUGAACAUGAGUCAGUUGGUGGGGCAGUUAUACCUAUAUUUUCCAUUCACCGCAGGAACAUAGUGUAUUUCUCUCCGUAUUAUUGAGGGAAUCGUCUGGAACGGGGAGGAGAUGAGAGGAAGGGAUUGUGAUGCGGGAGAAUCGGGGUAUUUUUUUUAUGAGAGGAAUGAGGAUCAAAGAGAGCUCUGAUGGGUUAUUACGGUUUUGUAUGUUAGUAUUGGAGAAAUGCAGUGAAUCCUUCGGAAAUUUAAAAAUUGGGAGACAGUUACUACCCCCUGAACCAGGGGCUGCCUAAAAUUCCUUGCGUGUUCUUAUGCCUAUAAAAGCUAUUUGGAGGCAAAUUAGCGCUAGAGGUAUACUUCCUCCAUUCCCAAUUGGUCGAUUACGCUGCCGGAGUGAAAAGGAGUUUAUUGUAAUUAAAAAUCCUCUAUCAUCUAAUGCAUCAUAUUCAUGCUAAUGUCAUUAAUAACCAUGCAAAAUCCGUUACGUACCCAAUCGAAGCAAUUCAAACCAAUCCUUAAAUGGUGGUAGGGGAAAAAAAAUCACAUAGCCCUACUUCUUCUUUGACCCAUUGACAAGUUUCUUUUUAAUGUGUUUCGGAAUCUUCUUCGUUCGCUGCUCGCGCUUCUCCUCCUUCACAAGCCGUUUAUGGUCCCUCUUCGCCUCCUUGUCCUCAAACCGCUUUCCUCUAGGAGGCUUCUUGGCAAAUAGAUCCUUGUCUUCAACUUGAGAGCCCGACUCGGACCCUUCAUUUGAUAUAGAAACUCCUCCAGAUUCGUCCGAUCCUUCCUCUUCCGCAUUGCCAUUCACCGGAACCCGGGAGGUGGCGUCGCCUUUGUCUGCUAGCAGUUCACGAUAUACUAGGUCCUGGCCCUGCCCCUUCCGUAGUAUCUCCACGUCACGCUCCACAUCAUAUACCUGCUCGAGCGUCUGGGGCAUAUAUUGUUGGCGGAAAACGGCUGCGUCGACUUCAUCUUGUGCGUUGGUAUCAGCAUCGGCACCGCCCUCGUCCUCCAUUUGCUCUCGAGUGGCAAAUAACUUCUCCAAUGCCUCUGACAUAUAGUUGGAGCUAGGGGUAGCUUUUGGCCCAUCAUGAGCCGUGAUAAAUUCGAAUAUAGUCCUCUCUGAGAGGGUGUGUACUCCCUUCCGUCUGAAGAAGUCCGUGACGUUCUUGAUGUCCAUACGGAGGAACUCCAAGCUGCGUGGGUGGUCAUGCUCCACGCUCUGGCUGACGUCGAUGAUGUAGAGUUUACUUUUAUGGUAGAGGAUGUUGUACUCGCUUAGAUCUGCGUGCACUAAUCGACAUUCCUGGUACAUCGUGCGCAUAUGCCCGAGCAGUUCGAUGUAAAGGGUUUUCCACUGUUCCUCAGGGUCUGGCCCGGUAAGAUCCACGUCCUUUAAUCGUGGGGCUGCAAACCCCUUAGAGUUUCCAAGAAAACCCAUGACUAAAACGUGAAGUCGGAGAAAGAGAGGUUCAGGACAUGGUAUUCCUGCGGAGUAAAGACGCUUGAGAUUUCGCAUCUCCUUUUCCGCCCAUACUUUGACCAUUGACCGGUUGUUGGACUUAUUAUAGCCUUGUCUGAACCUAAACUCUCCACUGACGUACUUGUCCCUGUCCUUGAAAACUAAUAUACUAGUUUUAUAGACCUUGAUAGCUCGUUGGAGUGGUUCGCCAUCAUCUUCUAGGCAAGAUACGGCGUGGUAAACAUUUGCCUCUUUGCCUGUAGAAAGACAACCGUUUACCUCAGACACUACAUUUCUGUUUAUCAUCUGCAGUAAAAUCAUGCGCGUUCUAGGAUCUAACACCUGCUCUGAUGUUGCCCGGUCGCUUUUAUCUACCCCUCUAUCGCCCUUCCCUCCCAGACCUGACUGGAGGUCAUCAAGGCGUAAUUUUGACGCAUGUCGCGAGAGUGAAGAAAUCUGGUCGUCGACAUUCGCCUGCGUAUUAAUCGUGGGUUUCUGAGGGUUGCUUUUGGGAUAUUUUGAUCUAGGGGCAUUUGGGUCCGCAGAGACUUCUUUUAGCCGACGUUGUCUGUUGUAUGAUUUUGUAAGGUCCGCAGGAUUGGAGGACAUGAAUUCGUCUUCAUCAAGGUCCUCAUCUGCGAAAAUAUCAUCGUAGUAUUCCUCAUCCUCUUCGAUUUGAUCACCCG